CUAGUUGAUUACGGUAAAUGACUUGUAUCACUUGCUGACUAAUGCAUGUUUACUCCCACGUGAGGGUUGCGGCGAGUCCGCUUUCGAAUGACGGGCGAUAGAAACGAGCGCAGCCAGUGCAUCGCUGAGAGUUCGUAAAACAGGACAGUUAGCGAUGGCCUUUAACAAGAAGUAUGCCGGUCUUCCUGACCUUGACCUCGCGCCGGACAUCUAUGAAACCCCCGAGCUCACCGAUGCUUCCACGCUCCCCACUGCUACCGUUCGAUCAUCCUCACCUUUCCAGGAAGAGACAUCUACCCCAGGAAUUGACCGGCAACGCUUGCAACCCGAUCAUGCCCGCUCACAAUUCGAGCCCGUGAAGGUGGAUGCAAGAGAUGUAGAUUUCUCAGAUAGUGUUGCAUCUAAGAGGAAAUCAUAUCGGACUAUUAAACGCUCAAGGCGGACACGGGAUGAUGGAACAGAAAUCUUGGCAGAUAUUAGCGACGAUGAAGAGGAAUCAUUGGAGGGGAAACUGGCAAGAUUACGCAGAGAAGCAGAGGAAUUGAAGGAUGAGCUUUCCAACCGGAAGACACAACGGAGUGAACAAACGGACGAAUCGGAGAUUCAAGUUACAGAAGACGGCAUUCUGGAACUGACCCGGUCUCUGGAUAAACUAUACGCAUCCUCCAAGGGGGAACAGCAAACGUCAUUCUCCUCAGAGGCGGCAUUGAUGAGGAGACUGUCUACCACAAUCCAGUUUCCCGGACCUGAAAGUCAACUAAAAGAGGCUGAAUCCUCCGUCUCUCAACCGGCCAGAAUACCCUCCACACUUUUGUCAAACGCCGCAUCUUUCGACGCUAGACUCCGACUACUCGAGGCCGCCCUCGGACUAUCCCAAACGCCCGUCCCAUUAUCCCCCGACGAUCCAUCUGAAUCUGACCUUCAGCCAAUUCUGCCGACCCUAACCCAUCUCUCCUCCCAGCUCUCCACCCUCACGAGCACUUUAACCGGAUCUCCAUCCAACGGCCCUGCAGCCAUCCCCACCACCCUCACAACGCCUCACCUCGAAGCCCUAACCACUCGAAUCCGCAAACUCACCGCCGAUGCCGAAGCGCUCACUGCAGCCCGCCGACGCGCUACAGAGGCCGCCCGCGCCGUCCUAGCGGCACGCAUCGCGGCAGCAACGACCGACGAACCGCCCGAAGUGCCCGCUGCAGCUGCACAGGCCACCCCGACCGAAACAGAGGCUGCGGCCAGUGAGCAGGCAGCGAAGAUACAAGCUCUUUAUACCACUUUGCCGACAAUAACAUCGCUGCAUCCACUACUACCCAGUGUUCUAGAGAGAUUGCGCUCGUUGCGGGCGAUUCAUGCUGGUGCGGCACAGGCUAGUGAGGAUUUGGACACCUUGGAGCAGAGUCAGGUGGAAAUGAGGAAGGAGAUUGAGCAGUGGAGAGAAGGGUUAAAGGCUAUGGAAGAGAGGGUGAAAGAAAGCGAAGCGGCGAUGAAAAGCAAUGUGGAAGUUAUGAGCCCGUGGAUUAGAGACCUGGAGAGGAGGUUGGACGUUAUGGGAAAAUAGUCCUAGUCAGAACUCUUACUUUCUCCAUUACCAGAUCGGAGGACAUAUAGCUUCAAUUUUUUUUUUUGACUUGUUAAAUAGCUACCUUUGCGCAUGUUAAUACCCCUUUCUGCGGUUUAAUACAUCCAAAUGAUGAUAUGCAAUUGUUUAAAUCGAGUUUUACGCCUCAAUGCCUAAAAUACACCGGAAUCUAUAUAUAGAUAUAUAUCGACCAAGUCCAAACCCGCUACUAUCGCUACCAGGCUCUACAUACUUGAAUAUCUAACCUGCUUCAUGAUCUUAAUUUUUGGCACCAUCUUAAUUUCCGCCCACCACCCACGCGUAAGAUGGCCUCUUGCAUUCCGCUGAAUCCACUCCCAUACACUCACACCAGCAUCUCCAAAUACCUUCUUCAGAAUUACCAUCUCUACCCGCCCCAAUCUUUCCCCUUGUCCAGGCUUCAAUAAUCUAAUCCCACCAAACCCUUUAACCUCUUCCAAAACCACCCAUUUCCCUCUGCCCUUAAUUUGACCGGGGUCCUCAACCAAUGCAUAAUCCAGUCUAUCCCAAAAGAUAGCGGAUCCCUUCACGCUUUCAUCUUCCGUCUUAUCGUACUUCCAGCGCGUCGCUCCAGAACGCAGUGUCGGGGCAUUUCCAUCCGGUGAACCGGGGAGGACGAGCAAUGGACUUUUGGGUGGUGGUUUUUCGAGGAAGUGAGUUACCCCCGUUUGACACGCUAGUGUGUCAAGAUGCACUGCUAUCACUGGCUUCGAGCCGUGGGCUUGGUCGUGCAGCUUGUUAAGUGCGAGAGCGCCUGGAUAGUUGGCCAUGGAGACGGGGAGGAGGAUAAAUGUGGAAAUCGAAAAGGCAGCGAGAGUGGAAAGAAUGAGAGAGAUAGAACCAAAACGGUAGAGCAGAGAUUUGGUACGGUGAGUCCAGAUAUAUGAUGCUCCGAGAGCGGCUGCCGUGGUAAGGGGCGGAAUGGUGUAUAUGAUAAAUCGCCAUUCUUUGUGGGGCUGGAGGCUGUACAGGGCGAUGUAUGCAAGGGAUGGUGUGAGGAGUGAGAGGGCAGCACGCUGCCUGGCUGGAACGAUACAUGAUAGGGGAAUUGAGAUAAGGUAGGUUAAGGGGUUGAGAAGCAACCGAGGAAUGGCGCUGGUAAAGUAGAAAUGCCAUGGAUGGACUCCCCAGUCAGAUGCCUUCCCGGAGACCACGUUAUAUAAGAACGCUGAGAGUUCGGGCCAGAGAGGAAAUUUUUGCCAGAAGAAGGAAUCAAUGGGAAUCGAA